AUGCUGUAUGGUUUUCCUCUCAGCAUAGUAGACGAGGAUUGCAAUAUCGAAGUACCCGAACAAUAUCCUCUGCGAUCUAAAGAUGCGAGUUGGGAGUCCAUUAGAUGGAAAUCUACCGGAAAAGCCACUGUACUCUCAUACAAGGUGUCGAUGGCGCAGCUGUCGAUCAUUGUGAAAAGGGCGCUUUCGGAGCUUUAUGGAAACCGGAAGCAGCCCAGUAGUAAUGAGCUUGGUGCAAGAACCGAAGGGCCGUUAGUUCAACGUCUCAUAAACACUGUCACUAGCCUGGACCAACAGAUCCGUGAGUGGCACGACCAUCUUCCGCAAGAGUUGAUCUUCAAAGAAGAUGAGGUUGCGACCGCGGCUAACUGGCCCGGAGGCACUAAUCAUUCUCUGAGUCCAGAACAUCAUCAGCACACUUUCCGCAUCCAGGGACUAGCACUCAAACUCGCCUAUGAAAACGCUAGAAUCUUGGUCCACAGGCCCUUACUAGCCUACAGAGCGAUGAAGAAGAUCAACACGACGGAGGGUUCAGAUUUCCGUUCAAUCGGAGAUAAUGAUCCGCUACAGGGCUCGGUGCGAAGUUGCCGAGACGCGGCCUUGCAGAUUGCCAAUAUUGGCUGCACGCCGCACUUCAAAGAGGUGAUUGACACUUACGCGCUGUCGUUUGUCGCGCUGCAUCUCUUCACUGCAGGUGUUACCCUCUCCAUCAUGACGGGACUGGACCCAUUGAGCCGGGAAGCCUAUGACUCAAAAAUGGGCCUUCGAAAGUUGAUGGAGAUGCAUUCUCAACUCAAGUCCAAGUCCGUUGUUGCUGAACAGGGUCUGAACAUUCUCACGAAACUGAUGAAGCUCGUCAUGACUAAGGAGAUGGAGAGAAUGCUUCACUUGGAUGUUCCCCCGCAACCGGAACCAGACCAAAUUGGAGAAGACGAUGAAACGAGUGGUAGCUCGAAUGCUGUUGAAGCUACUGCCCAGGGCACCGAAACAAACGCCAUAGACUCAAGCAGCAACAUCAAUCAGACUACACUACGGCAAAGCACACCGGCGGCUGAAAUGGUGGAGGAUGCUACGGCGAGCUUGAGCUUCAGCGAGGACCCGAUCAUAACACAAGCGCUCUCGGAGUUCGAGCAGAGUAAGACAAACUCCCCCAAUGACAGUUCUUAG